AUGGAGCAAGCUAUUGAGCGUGAGGACCCUGGGGAUGUUGAGAAGAAGAUCGAUUCCGAAAGAUCGUCAGUUACUGGACGCACUCCAUCUGAAAUCGAAGAUGUCCAAUCAAGACUCUGGCUCUCGGAAGAAGAGGCAUACCAAGAGGCCAAAAGCCAUCCAGAUGGAACGCGGGAAAUCUUCAUCGUGUUCUCUCCAGACGACAAGGACAACCCUCGUAAUUGGAGCAAGGGCAUGAAGUGGUACAUUACAUGCUUCGCCAGUUCAUUGAAUGUCCUGACCUGCCUCUGUGCUGGUGGCUACUCAUCUGGUGUUGGUCAGCUUGUCGAGGAGUUUGGAGUGUCGGACGAAGUUGGCACUGUCGGACUAUCCAUGUACAUUCUUGGAUUUGCCAUUGGUCCUAUGCUUCUCGCACCUCUAUCCGAGUACUUUGGUAGAAACCCUGUUUACUUUUGCUCGUGGUUCAUCCUCUUCAUCUUCCAGAUUCCACUAGCUCUAGCACCCAACAUUGCUACUGUCAUUGUCUGCCGUCUGAUUCAAGGAUUCGGCGGCUCGGCACCGCUGACGAACACUGGAGGCUCUGUGUCGGAUGUCUGGGAGAGAAACAGCAGUGGUCCAGCUAUGUCCAUCUACGGUCUUUCCUCGACAUUCGGCCCUCCCAUGGCGCUCGUCAUUUCCGGUUACAUCGCGCUUGAAAAAGGCUGGCGCUGGUUGUUCUGGGUGUAUAUGGCCAUCUUCGGUGGCGUAUGGCUUAUCAUGAUGGCCACACUACCUGAGACACGCCACAGCACUAUUCUUGAAAAGAAGGCUGCUCGUGUCCGCAAAGCACUGAGGAAAGAAGGAUUCGAGAACUCAGCCAAAAGGGUGUUUGACGCACACGCUGACGAGUCAAAGAGUCUACACACCUUGUUCGCCAUCACUCUAACUCGACCGUUUCGUUUCUUAUUCACAGAACCCAUCACUAUUGGUGCUGCUGCCUACAAUGGCUUCAUCUAUGGUUUGGUCUACCUUUUCAAUGAAGCCUUCCCUUUGGUGUUUGGCAAGAACCACGGCUUUAACGUAGGCCAGCAAGGCUUGUGCUUCUUGGGCUUGGCCAUGGGAAGCGUAGUUGGAGUUGCACUCUAUCCCAUCCAAGAGAGAUACUAUCUUCGAAAAGUCGCACAAAAUGAGGGCAAAGGUGUUCCUGAAGCGCGCAUCUGGCUGGCCAGAUUUGGCGCUUUCCUACUGCCUAUCAGUCUUUUCUGGUUCGCAUGGACUUCCUUCAGUAGUGUCCACUGGAUUGUCCCCAUCAUCGCUUCUGGAUUUUUCGGCCUCGGCAUCUACAUUGUCAUUCUUUCCAUCCUCAACUACGUGGUCGACAGCUAUCAGACGUACAGCGCCUCUGCACUUGCUGGUGUCAUACUCAUCCGCAACCUCGUGGGAGCCGGGUUCCCAUUGUUUGCGAAUCAGAUGUACACUCGUCUAGGUUAUGAAUGGGCAUCGAGUCUACUCGCUUUCCUGAGUAUUCUGAUGAUACCCAUACCUUGGCUUUGGUUCUACCAUGGCGAAACAUUGCGAAAGAAGUCGCCGUGGGCCAGAGAACAUUUCGCACAAGAUGAGGACUCACCUCAUUAA